AUGGUGUCGGCCGUGAUCACACCGGGGCACCUACGUCGUCCUGACCUUCUUCGGUUCACACUGCCUGAGUGCCUCAGGACCAUCCCCGAGUCGAAGAGGCCAGCCCUGCUCCGAUCCCGCUCCAAAGUGAACUUCUUAGGGGGAAGACGAAAGCAUGUGAGCAACGGCCCGCGCAUGUCCAAGGGACAAAAGCUAACCGGUAAAGGCUGCAAGCUGCAACCAGACGCCGAUGCCAUCCAAGGGCAGUUCGCCAUCGACUCGCUCUACUCUUCGCAGGAUGUGGUGCAGCAGUGCCGUAUCUCUCACAACGCUUCUGUCGUAUUCGAACACAACAAACUUGUGUGCGUUGAGGAUGAUGCGGGCAGCAAGACAUCUACUUUUAUUGUCAUCGGUGAGUGUGAGCUCGCAAUCGCUUCUGUGCCUAUGGAAUUCGGGAAGUACGUCACCGCCUUCGAGGUCCAGAUCGAGCUGGCCUUGUGGGGCUCAGCGGGGCGGGAGCACUACGACCGGUUGCGACCCCAGUCGUACCGGGACAGAGGCAUGAUCCUGGUGUGCUUCAGCAUUGACUCUCCCGACUUCCCGAAGAACAACACGGAGUCGUGGAGGCCGGAGGCUCGCCAUUUCCGCUCCAGUGUGUCCAACAUCGCUGCGGGGAGCAAAAGCCUUCGCAACGGCCUGCUCAACCCACUAUAG